AUACCUAGCAGUGACUCAAGGGGAUAUGAACCUGAACUGACGGAACACGGUAUCAGAACGAUUAAAGCACUUAAGCAUAUUGUACUUACAUAGGCCUUAUUGUUGCCGCUAAACAAUGUACUUACACAUAGAGAUUAAGGACCGGACCUGAGGAGAAUGUGUUGUAGAUGUUUGAUGUAACUGGUGAUACCUAUUUUAACUGACAGUCUUCAUACCUGUAGUUACCUGGACUAUCGUACACUUAUAAACAUGGGGGAGGACUUUCGUAAACAAACUAAGUUCCAACUAUCUGGAUUACCGGAUGCUGUGAAGAUGAACCAGCUCCAGAACUUGAUACACGAUGCACUGAUCUCCACGGAUCAUGUCCAGCAUUGUGCCAUCGUCCGGCGAAAGGACUGCAAUGUCCGUGCUAGUUCUGUCGGCUUCAACUUAUAUCCGGACCAGGUCCAGAUGCUCCUGGAUGCCUUUAAGAACCCGCCCCAGACACGCGAGGAAGGAGUGUAUUUUGAUGACAGGCAGUAUAGAUGUGUGAGAGCAGAUAAAAGCUCUAUUUAUGGCAAAUGUGAGAAGAAGGGACUGAUACUGGUAAAGACCAUGUCAAUGCUCGUGGUGGCGACGUACACAGAGAGCAUGUACCCUAGUGUGUGUGUGGAGGCUGUAGAGAAACUUGCUGAUUAUUUCAAAGAAAAAGGGAAAUAGUUUACAAAUCUUUGUAAGAAUUUGUCUGCUGUCCUGUGGAUGACUGAAGCCAACAGAAUUGUUCACACUGCCAAACUGUACCAGAUCAGUGACUGAGGCUGAGAGACAUGGCUGUCUACACCUGAGUGUGUAGAAUCUCAGUAUACCUUGUGGAGGACAUCCACAGAAGAUUUAUUGUUUAACGAGACAUUAGUGAAACACAUGUUUUAAUAUAGAUGAUGGCAAGUAAAUUUGAAUAAUAAGUUAUUUGAAAUAAUUUUUGCUCCAGUUUUUGGUUCUGUAUAUUUUGUAUCCAUAGUAACAUUGACAGGAAUUCAGGAUUAAUUUUGUUGUUUUAGUUCUUUAAAGUACUUGGAGAGUUUAUAGAUGUCAGUACCUAUAAUUAUCAUAGCAUUACAUGUACUGUCAAUAUAAAGUUUAUCUUGCCUCAGUGACUCAAGUAUCAAAUGAAUAUUAUCAAAUUUAGAAUUCUCUUAAUACGGGAAGGAAAUCGUAUGUAUUAACCAAGGUAUGGAGAUUAAGUCAGUUGUUGAUAUUUAUUAUUCUACUUUAUUUUUUGUAUGCAAGUUGUGUGAUGAGGUAGAAAAGCAUGUUAAUGUUGAGGAUUACAUGAUGAAAUUAUCUGUGUCAAUAUUGUGUAUUCACUGUUUAAGACAUUGUUUCUUAUGUGUGUUGGAUUAAGUAUCGCAUCCGUGUGUAUUUAAAUUUAGUUUUAUUCCAAGGGACUUCCCGAACAAAUAUUAUCAUAUCAUAUAUUUUAAAGUUUGAAUUGUUUCAGAUAUAUUUUUAUACAAACAUAUAAAAGAUACUGCUUAUAUGAUUAUAACUAAUAUGUGAACAGUUUGUAUGUAAAAGAGAUUUUAACAUUGAUGUCAACUGUGGAAAAGAAGUGAAUUGCUAAUAUCUGUCUGAAAGACUGGAGUCAAAAGUUGAUAUUUGAGAUUUGAAGCCAGCCUGAAAAGUUGUCGUUAUAAUUUACAACUAUUCUACAAAUCUUACCUUGAAAAUGUAGACUUUUGACUUUUUUCAUUAAACUUUUAUUGAAUAAAUCUGUAGCAACUCUAAUUGUACCAUAGUGAUUAGAAACUAAUAUUCACAUAAAAACAAUGUAUACAUCAAGUGUCAUAACCUUUAUAUCUAAUUGAAUGAUUUAGUACAUAUACAGAUGUCCGUCCAAAUAGAAUUUUGUUGUGAUAAAACUUUCAUAGCUAUGUAUGCUGUAUUAAUGUGCCAUAUAUAAAUACAUGUACAGUAUACUCCUUCCAGAAGGUACUAACUUGUGUUUUCUUGUUAACCAAAUCUUGUGUAUCAUAUUCAUUUAAAGCAAAUGGGCCCAGAAUUGUUAGAGUUAUGCCCCUUUAAGUACAAUGAUCACAACCAGUACCUCACUCUGUCAACAGGUCUUUUUGUUGAAAUUAUAAUCCUAUAUACACCCAAGGUGGUCGACCAUAUGGAAACUUAAAAUUCUGUAACUUUUUGGAGACUUGUGAUAUACCUAAGUCUAUUCCCAUUCAUACUUACCAACCUAAUGAAAAUAUUUCAUUACAUUGAAUAUGCUAUUCAGGGUUUGAGAAGGUGCCACCUUCCUAUGUCACUGAAGGUAGGAAUUGUCAGAUUUCUGGCUUUGUGAAUGUCUUAUAGUAAUAACUAGCUCUAGUAUAAAUGUACAUAAAUCUACUUGAUGCACAUAUUUGAAAUGUAUUCCUGCUAUUUUUGUAAAUGUGAUUGUUAUUGCAUUUAAAUAUAAUAUUUUGUGAUAUUCAUGAAAUAAAUUACUUAAAACCCACGU